AUGCCCGCGCGCGACGAGUUCUACGAAGCCGGGGACGAAAUCUACAACAAGUACUCGCACCCGCAUAAAGUCGCUAUCGUCACUAUCCUCUCCUUCUGCGCCUUCCUCGGCCCCAUCAGCUCUACCUCCAUUCUUGCUGCGAGUCCUGAAGUCGUGGCGACCUACCAUACCACGGGCACGAUCUUCGGCAUCUCCAAUGCCUUGUAUCUCAUUUUUAUGGGCUUGAGCCCGUUGCUCUAUGGGCCUUUGGGAACAACAUACGGCCGGAAGAAGCCCUUGGUCGUCGCUGCUGUCACCUUCACCGCCUUCUCCGCCGGCAGCGCUCUCGCGCCUAAUCUCGCGAGUUACUUCAUCUUCCGCAUGUUGACUGCCUUCCAAGGCACCGGCUUUUACAUCUGCGGCGCGGCAGUCAUCGCCGACAUUUACAGGCCAGUGGAGCGCGGCACAUGCUAUGGCUAUUUUCUAUCAGGCAUACUUAUCGGACCUGCCCUCGGACCGUUGAUUGGCGGCGUAAUUGUCACAUACUCCAGCUGGCGGAAUAUCUUCUGGCUGCAGACGGCAUUAUCAGGAGUCAGCUCCAUAGGCGUUAUUGUGUUCAUCCCCGAGACGGCACACCACAUGCGGAGCGAGGAACUAGCCGGCCUUCCGCGGAAAGAAAAGGCGAAGAAGUUAUGGGAAUGGACGAACCCGCUCCGCGUCAUCAAACUCUUCCGCUACCCCAAUAUCCUGAUAGUAGGCCUCGCAAGCGCAAGUCUCGUCUGGAACAUGUACUCCCUCCUCACCCCCAUCCGCUACGUCCUCAACCCACGCUUCAACCUCACCUCCCCCCUCGAAGGCGCCCUCUUCUACAUCGCCCCCGGCGCCGGCUACCUGCUCGGCACUUUCGGCGGCGGCCGCUGGGCCGACCGGUGCGUGCGCAAAUGGAUCCGCAAGCGCGGCGGCAAGCGUGUGCCGGAGGACCGGCUGCGCUCGUGCAUCGUCGCCAUGGGCGGCGUCACGCCCGCGUGCAUGCUGGUGUACGGCUGGUCGGUGGAGAAGCGCGUGGGCGGCAUUCCGCUACCUGUCAUAUGCAUGUUUGUGCAGGGCGUUGCGCAGCUGUUUUGCUUCCCCAGUAUCAACACGUACUGCACGGAGGUGAUGCAGAAGCGCAAUUCGGAGGUGUUGGCGGGGAAUUACGUGAUUCGCUACGUUUUUGCCGCGGCUGGCACGGCGGCGUGUUUGCCUGUCAUUGAACGCAUUGGCGUCGGGUGGUUCAGCACCAUUUCCGCCUUGUUUGUGUUUGUGGCGUCGAUUGGGACGUGGAUGACGGCGAGGUAUGGGGCCGGGUGGAGGGAGAAUGUGGAGAGGAAGUUGGGCGAGGAGAAGUAG